AUGUUAAGAUCUAGGCAAUAUAUAAGAUCUAUUUGGAGUCGAAAUCUCCAUGAAACCACUACACUUUGUGGGAAACAAUUACUCAAUAAAUUACGUGAUGAUAUUGAUCCUUUAACUAUACGGAAACAUCAUAAUCAUAAUCAUCAUCAACGUAAACUCCAACGUAAGACCCACAAUGAAGAAUUUGAAAAUAAAUCUACUACAAGUUAUAAUCUUAACGGAGCUCUUAAAGUAUUACAAAAUCAGUAUGAUUCAGUAACAUUUAGAGAUUAUAAUAAUAAACCUAUAGAUAUUCAAAAAUUAACAACUCAACAAAUCAAAUAUUCAUCAUUAACAUCAAAAAUAAUUUUCAAAAAUUUAAUGCAAGUGAAAAAACUUAGUGGACGACAAAUCAAUCGUAAUUUAGCUCUUGCAUUAUUAGGAACUGAUGGGAAACAAUUAAAAGAUUCUUAUUAUAUAUCACAAAAUGUUAAAGAAUUAUUGAAAAUUGAUGAUGAUAUUGAAAGAGCAAUGUAUUUAUGUCAAAUAUCUGAUAAACAAUGUAGUAUUGUGGCUCAAAAUGAAAUUUUAUCAUGGUUAUUAUCAAAAGGGAAAAUUAAUGAAGCACUUAAAUUAUAUAGUAAACGGAAAUCAAGUGGUAUACCAACAAAUUUACAAACUUAUGUUAUAUUAUUUCAUGGAAUUGCUAAAUCUAUAUCAUGGGAUGGUGAAAGACAACAAUCAUCAAAUAUUAAUGAAGAACUUUUCAAUAGAGUGGAGAGAAUUUUUAAAACUUGGCGAUUAGAAUUAGUCAAUAAAUCUGAAUUUAAAUCGAAAAAUCAAAUUAAUACUGUUCCUAUAGAAGUAUUUAAUGCUUGUUUAAGUGUAUUAGUUAAAGAUUUCCGUGAUGAACAAUUUAGAGCUUGGAAUUUUUUCAAUGAAUUAAUGGCUAAUCCUAAAGAAAAUUUACCAUCAAUAAUACCUGAUUCUAAAACUUUUACAAUUUUUUUAAAAGGAGUUAAAAAAUAUUUUGAUCAUGAAAUGGAAGAAAUUAUGAAUAAAACUCAACCCAUUUCUCAUAAUGAACGUAUAAUUAAAUUAUUAGAUAUUGAAGCUGGUCAUAUUAAAACAUCACAAAAAAUUUUCGAAAGAGCUAAAUCAUUAGCCAUGCCACCUAAUAUUGUUGAUACUGAUACUGAUACUGUUAAUGAUGAUAAUCAAGAAAUAAUUUCUUAUAAUAUUCAUAAAUGGUAUAAAGAAAGAAUUGAAUUAGAUUCACCAUUAAUUACUAGUUAUGUUAGUCUGUUAUGUAAUGGAGGAGUAAUAACUACUGAUUCAGGAAUUAAAACUAAAAUUCCAAUAGGUUCACAUUAUUUAUAUAAUGAAAAAGCUAUUUCCAUAUUAAAACAAUCAUCACCAGAAAUCAAUUCAUUAUUAAAAUUUAUCAAACAAGUAACUAAAGAAAAAGAAGAAGGCCAUAUUGUUGCUAAGAAAUUAUUUAAAUCUAGAAUUGAUAAGAAAAUCAAUUUAGUAAUGGAACUGGCUAUGAAAUCUAAUGUGAAAUUAAAAUUUAAUGAUAAAAUUAAAGAUUUGGAUCCUUAUAAAAUUGCCAAUUUAAUUAAAGAUAAAAAUUUUAAUCCUGAUAUAAUUAUUCCUUCCAAAAAUAAUAAAACUUUUAAAAAGUUAACACCAAUUCCAUUAAUUGAUUUCACUAGACAUGAUGGAAUAAAAAAAAAUUGUUUACCUCAUGGUGGAUUGACGAAAUUUUUAUUGAUGCCAUUAUUUGAUUCAUUAACUAAUAUGGGUAAAUUAAAUGAAUUUGUCAUUGCAUUUUGGUAUUCCAUGAUUCGAUGGGGUGGGAUAAAUGUUAAUUUAUCAAUUUUCAAUAAUAAACCUAAUGUUUUAAAUGGUGUUUUCAUUGAUUUGCCAGAAACCGCCUUAUCAAAUAAUGGGAAUAAAGAACCAGAUCGUUGUAUAAUUGAUGAAGUAACUCCAGGGAUUUUCAUUAAUAAAAUAAAUGAAUAUGGAAGAGAAAAAGGAUUAACCAAAACUCAUUUAAUUAUAGAAUUAUUUCAAUCUUUAAUAUCAAAAGAUUUAAAUUCUUCUAAAAAUGGUAUACAAAUUCAAUUGAAACAUCUUACAAGAAUUUGGUGGGUUUUACAUGAUGAUUUACAAUAUUAUAAUGCUUUUAAUUUGCAUAAUAAUAAUAAUAAGAAGAAGAAGAAUAACAAUAAUCAUCAUCAUCAUAAUUUAAGAUAUAUUCAAUUAGAACAAUUUUUUAAUAAUUUAAUUUCAUUUAGUGAUAUAAAUUAUCAAUGGUCAAAAAAUUUAUUAAUGUCAAAACCUAUACCUGAUGAAUUUAUUGAACAAAUAAAUCAAAUCAUUAUUAGCUUACAUAAUUUUAAAUGGUUCAAUAUUAUUAAAGAUGAAUCAAAAAAAAUUUAUUUUUAUAAAUUAAUGUUAAAAUCAACAAUUAAAUUAUUAAUUCCUAAAAGAUUUAUCAUUAACAAUGGUAGUACUUCUAUUAAAAGGAAUGGAAAUUAUCCUAAAUUAAUGGAACCAGAAAUUAUUCGAUAUUUAUUUAUAAAAUUAUGUAAAACUAAGAAUUUAACUGAUAAUAAUGUCAAAUUAUUAAUUGGUCUUAAAAAUUUCCGAAAUGCAAAACCAUGUAAUGAAGAAGAAUCUAAAAGAUUAUUUAUGGAAACAACUAAUGCUAUUUAUGAUGCUAUAGAAAUUGGUGAUACAAAAUUCACUAAAUCUGAUAAUGAAGAGAGUAAAACUGGUGAAACUGGUGAAACUGGUGAAACUGGUGAAACUAAUGAAAAUAAGUCAGUUGAAACUAAUAAAGAUAAGUCAGUUGAAGCAGUGUAG